AUGUCGCUAAAGAAGUUAAUCGACGUGUCCACUCUAUCUCAACUACUCAAGAAAAAUAUCAUCAACAAUGAAGGUGUCCGUCUUCUUGACUGCACAUAUGUCGUUAGUGAUAAGCCUGACUGGAAGAUGUUCAAGAAGGAAUAUUAUGGAAAUUUCAAGAAGAUUGCUUCCCGGCCGUGUAUGUAA